AUGCGUCAAAAGCCGGCACCGCAGGACACCUUCUUCAACCUCAUCAAUGACUCGCAAGGGUACAGACCGACGUCUGUCACCACAGAGUUUGUCGAUACGGACUGGGAUGAAGAAGACACAAUCCUGUCGGACGCCGAAGACAGUUCGCCUCGCGGUAGUUUCCAAUCCUCGGGUCAAACAACGCUCGACUCCUUUGACGAGGCCUUGACGCCUAGAUCGAGUCGUCUCGAGCAUUCGCCCAAGCAAAUCGAAGGCCCGAGUGGCCCUCACCUGUUCCACCCCUCCUCGUCUGACUAUGGCUUUUACCAUAUGCCCGACGAGAGCCUCGUUCUGGGCAUGUCGCCCAUCACGCCCAAGCCCCGCGGGUUCGGCGAGAUCACAGUGCACCCACCGCUCCCGCAGGCCGGGCCGUUUCAGUACACGCGGGACGAGCUGGACACGGGCAGCCUCGUGUCCUGGACGCCGGAGAUGGUGGCGCAGUCGAUGCUCAAUGCCGGCAUUGAAGUGCCCAUGGCCGACCGCUUCAUCGAGAACGACAUCAACGGGCCGAUUCUCAUCACGCUCAAGUUUGAGGACCUGCGCGAGCUGGACAUUCCGUCGUUUGGCAUCCGCACCAAGAUCUGGCACCAGAUCCAGACGCUGCGCGACAGCCAGCAGAGGGCCCGCGACUCGCGCCCCGGGACGCCCAUUGAGGACUGCCCGAGCCGCGAGGUGCGCAAGGAGGCGCGCAAGCAGGACCACCAGGCCUCGGCCGCGCCCAAGCGCCACGCGAGCAGCCGUCGCCAGCGACGGAGCCCCGAGGCCGGCGCCGCCGCGGACAGCAUCAUGCCGUACGAGUCCGUGUCCAUCAUCGGCAUCGAGCAGGUGAUCCCCAAGCCGCACAGCUGCGCCAAGGGCGAGAACUGCAGCAAGUGGCGGAAGCAGCAGCGGCUCAUUGACGAGUUCCGGCGCGUCAACCCGCACGUCGACAUGGCGGCCUCGGGCAAGGUGCUCAUCUACGGCGACGCGGGCAACCCCGAGACGGCGCGCGCCAUUGACCCCAACGCGGACAUUGUGCGCCCCUUCUCCGACGCGGCGCCCUCGGUCGUCGCGUCGUCGGACAUUCUGGGCACGGGCGGCAUGCCGCCCCUGCAGUACCUGCAAGAGGCGGCCCUUCGCGGCGUACAGGCGCGGGAUCCGCAGGAGAACGUGCGACAGUUCCUCAGCUUCCAGCGCACAAAGGACGCCGCCGCGUCGCUCAACGAGGUGCCGCCCACACCUCCCUUUGAGCUCGCACCGCCGGCGCAGGCGCCUCAUCACGGCCUCCGCCGCCUGCCCAAGCUGUCCAUCCCUCUCAACGCCCACGCCCAGCGCUGCUCGACCGCGCCUCGACGAGCCUCGACGUUGCAGCAGUCCGUCGUGGCACCCCAGCACCAGGAACACCAUCCACAGCAGGAGCAGGAGCAGGAGCAGCAGCAACACCAAGUCGUCCAGCAGCAGCAGAAACAACAGCAACAACAACAGAGACAACAACAACAGUCACACCAUCAUCAGCGCAGCAACUCGCAAAACUUCGUCCCCUACAUGAUGAACAAGGCAGAUCCUCGAUCGCCAGACCUAGAGACGCCCAGGAACCCAUACAGAUUCGGGACACCCUUUUCUGAGCUCGACGUGCCCGUGACCGCGGUGCCCCUCGGCCCUGUGGCACGGGACGCGUCGCAGUCGGUGCCGCCCGACAUGAGCUAUCGCGCCGCGCCUGGGUACAACGUGGCGCCGGGGCCGCAGCCACCGCGCUCGCAGUCUCGUGCCUCGUGCCGGCGGCCGUCGUUUCCCAUGCUGCCUUCUGUCAACGAGCACAGGGCCGCCACCACCGGCCGUGUUUCAUCGCGCACCCCGUCUCCGCAGGAGUCAUUGCCGCCGCACGCGGCCACCCGCUUCGUGCGACAGGCGCCGCCGCUCCAGGCGCCCCCUCGUGGCAUCUACCCGUGGUCCUCGCUCGAGCGGCACCAAAGCGACGACGUGGCACGAAGCGCGACGAGCAGCAGCAGCAGCACGCCUUCGCUUCUUGGUGGUGGUGGUGGCGUCACGAGGUCCGUCACGGCUACGCCUGCGCCGCCCGCAAUCGGCGGUGUCUCGUUCCAGGGGCCGAUGAAGAAGCGAAAGACGCGCCUCCUGCGCAACGAGUGGCACGACGGCUACUUCACUCUCAAGGGCACGCGUCUCAACAUGCACAAGGACGUGGCCGCCGUGGACCGCACGCUCGAGUACAUUGACAUUGACGACUACGCCAUUGCCUGCUCCAGCCUCGCGUCCACGUCCAAGCUCACCGCCGCCUUCAAGGCGGUGAGCAUCUCGCACAGCCGCGAAAAGAGCGACCCCGUCGGCGCCUUUAGCUUCCAGCUGAUCCCGCAGGACAAGAACACCGCCCGGCUGCGGAAGCGCGAGAGCUCCAUGAGCGCUGCGGCGGCCGGCCUGUCUGCUGAUGGUGUCAACGGCACCGGCAAGACGCACCACUUUGCUGUCAAGAACCGCGACGACCGCAUCGACUGGAUGCGCGAAAUGAUGCUUGCCAAGGCCCUGAAGCAAAAGGGUGACGGCUUUGAGAUUAGUGUCAACGGUAACAUGAUUUGA